CAUGAGGAAAUCCUCCAUGAUGAUCUGUGAGCUUGCGCUGCAAAUCCCUUACGAGGAGUGGAAACAAGUUUUCAUGGAAACACACAAACAGUUGUACCUGGACAUCUCUAAGGCCUUUGUGUGCCCGACUGGCGAGAAAUCGUUGUUUCUGUGCGUUCUGUUCGACCGGGAGAGGCUGCUAGAGGUUCAGAGGCAGCACGACGUCACGAAACCGUCCAUGUUCAAGCAGUUCGUUGAGGACGGUAUCGUCAAAGAGAUCGAGUACAUCGAUUGGCACAGCCAGGUUCCGAUUGCAUUCGACUACUACAAUAAGUCCGGCCCCACUCAGCACCUGAAGAUCAUCGGGAAAGUCAACGACCCGCUGCUGGCCAAGAUGAUCGCUGCUUGUGAAUUCUUGAAGCUGCACCAGGAGACCUUCUCCUACAGCCAGGACAGUUUGAUCGAGAGCGAGUUCCUCGUUGCUGUAGCCGAGCUGGUGCAGAAGUUUGA